UUCAAAAAUUAAUAUUUUUUACUUUUCACACCCCCCGACCCCUUCUUUUGCACACCAACCCACUCCAAUUCAUUGUAGUUACUAAAACGCGUAUAUAUUCAACCACACUACCAUUGUUUCUCUUAUCACAAGUUCUCUGCAUACAACCUUCACAUCUGCAAUUUUCUGAUCUAUUUUUGGAUCUAAAAAAUUCCGGUGUAACCUUCCAUACCAACCUGUUCAGAAUGAGUUCCUGGAAUUAUGGAGGAUCUUCUUCGUCUAAUCCAAUUGAUGACGAACCUAUCAUUCCAGACAUUGUCGAAGACUUUACUUCCGAUGAUUUUGAGGAAGACAAUGCAGACAAUCAAGAAAUUGUCCCAAUUCCUCCUAUGGAUUACAAUCCCUAUGUGUAAGUCCAACUACAAGAAGCCAUGCAAUUCGAUUCUAAAGAAGCAACGGUGUCUGCCAUCAAACAUUAUCACAUCACUAAUGGAUACAGCUUCAAUGUGGUAGAAUCAAAACCGCAUCUUUAUGUUGCACGAUGCAUCCAUUACAACAAUGGAUGUCAAUGGCGUCUGAGGGCCAGUUAUAGCAAAAUCCGACAUCAUUGGGAAAUCAAGUCCAUUGAUGGUACACAUACGUGUUUCCCUACAUUAAUGUCACAAGAUCACUGCAACCUAGAUUCCACCCAAAUUGCUUCAAUUGUUUUUCAUUUGGUCCGCACAAAUCCAAGCAUUCGCAUCAAAAGCUUGGUCGCUGAAAUCAAAAGUCGUUACGGAUACACAGUCACAUAUAUUAGAGCAUGGAUUGCGAAGGAGAAAGCAAUAACAAUGGAGUAUGGUGAUUGGGACCAAUCUUAUAAUGAAGUUCCCAGAUGGUUACUAGCUGCCCAGCAAACCAAUCCUGGGACAAUUUUUCAACUUUCCGGUCCUCCAGUUAAUAUUGAUGCUGAGGAUGGAAGUUCCACAUACAUUAUGGAACGUUGCUUCUGGGCAUUUGGACCUUGCAUUGAAGGUUUUAAGUAUUGUAAACCUGUUGUUCAAGUGGAUGGAACUUUUUUAACAGGCAGAUAUCAUGCCACCUUGCUUACUGCAAUUGCUCAGGAUGGAAAUAGAAACAUAUUUCCUUUGGCAUUUGUAAUAGUAGAAGGUGAGACAAAGGAGGCAUUGAUUUGGUUUUUUCAACUACUGCGAGAGCAUGUAACUCCUCUGCCAAAUCUCUGCCUAAUUACUGAUAGAGGCAAGGGAAUUUUGUCAGCCCUACGAUCGGAAGAAGUUGACUGGGAAUCAGACAAUCUUCACUCUGUCUACUGCAUACGUCAUCUGGGUUCCAACUUCAACAAUCGCUUCAAAAAUGCCGAUCUCAAGAAACAAUUCAUUAACUUGGCUUAUGAAGUCAAACAACCUAUCGUGCAAGCAAAACUUUCAGCUAUGAGGUCCCAAUACCCACAAGCAGUAGCUUGGAUUGAUAAAAUCCCCUUACAUAAGUGGUCUCAGGCUUAUGAUGGGGGGCGCAGGUACACGCACAUGACAACAAACUUGGCGGAGUGCAUGAACUCUGUGCUAAAGGGGGCUCGCUCAUUACCUAUCUGUGCACUUUUGAAAAUUACAUUUCAAAACAUAAAUGCCUGGUUUGUUGAACGCGGCUUAAAGGCAGACUCUAUGUUAAGAGCUGGACAUCAAUAUCCAGAAGAUGUCACAACCUUGCUCCAACAAAAUCAACAGAAAUCUGCAUAUUGUCAUGUUUAACGUUACGAUCGAGAUAAUUCAGAAUUCGAGGUGCAAGAGAUAUCGAGCCCCCAUCACUAUCGGCCAAAACCAAUCUCAUUCACUGUCAGAUUAAACGAUUGGUGGUGUGAUUGUGGUCACUUCCAAGCUAGUCGAUUACCCUGUCAGCACGUCAUAGCUGUUUGUUCUUUUGGUCACAUGCCACUUUCAAAUUUUAUCGAUCCAGUUUACACCCUUAAUAACAUAAAUAAGGCUUAUCAAGUCCAAUUCCACCCCCUGCGAAAUGAGGACUAUUGGUCAACAUAUACAGGUCCUAAUUUCAAUCCAGACCCCCAAACUAGGCGUAAGGCUUCCGGACGACCUCCAAGGACUAGGAUCCAUAACGAAAUGGAUCAACCCGUUACGGAUAAGCCAAAAAAAUGCUCUUAUUGUCGCACUGAGGGUCAUCAUAGGGGACAAUGUCCAUUUCGUCAAUAAGUUGUACAUUAUUUAUUUCAGUUAAUUUAAUUUUCAAUGUUUUUUUCUUCUUUCUACAAUGUCAAAACUAAGACAAUUUUCUAUGAACAUUAAUAUUUCUUAUGCCUUCAUCAACUACAAGUUCAAAUACUUUAUUCUUUUAUGGACCAACAAAACUUUAUCAAAUGAGAACAAAUUAUUAUGCUCGCCUAUGUAUCCAAUUCAAAUUUAACAACUUUGUUUUUCAAAAUUUGCAAUGUAAUCGAUUACAAUACCAUUGUAAUCGAUUACACUUCACUGCAUUAACCAUGUAAUCGAUUACACUUCGUCUGUAAUCGAUUACAUUACACCCAGAAAACUGCAACACAUGCAGUAAUCGAUUACAGUAUGGGGUAAUCGAUUACUCAUCUGAAAACGUCCUCCCCCCCAACGAUUUCCUUUCAAUGUCGUUCUGCCCCCACACGAUUUUCUUUAAAUCUCGUCCACCCCCCACACGAUUUCCCCUCUGACCACGCUGACCCACAAAAACGUUUGGGGGCUACACGAUUUCUUCUUACGAAAACGUGCCCCCCCAAAAUGUUUUGCCUACUUCCGUAAUUUUUAAAAAAUUUGUCCAUAUACGUAAUAAACCCAUCCCAUUUGCCUACAAUAGAAAAAAACCAAGAAAUGAGUAUAUGAAAUAAGAAUGAGGUAGCGUGAACGAUAUGAGAUCGUAUUCUCGUAUUACGAUUCAGUAUCUCUUUAUUAUCAUUUUUGUUUAAAAGCUUAGCGAUCUUUAUAUAUAUCCAUAUCUAUGUAAAUACAAUAUAA